GCAAUUCCCCCUUGCCAUCAAGUCAGACAUCACACCCGUUUUCGACUUACGAUAAAGACAACGACGGAGAGGACAAACUCAACUGUGCUGCUCUGACGAGAGGAGGUUGGUGGUUUGACCAGUGUGAGUCUCUGCAGAAUUUUUGGAGCAAUCUGAACGGUGAAUAUUUGCUUCAUGAGGAUUCCACAGACAGCGAUUACCGCGGUAUUAGAUUGGCUGAUGACUGGGCUGACUUUGAAGUAGCUGGAAGAACUGAAAUGAAGCUGCGUCGCUUCUUGCCAAAUGGUUCUUGCAAUUCCGAACCUUGUGAAAACGGAGGAACCUGCCUUGAAUCUGAUAGUUCUUUCUACUGUGAAUGUGCACCUGGUUUCCUUGGUAGACGGUGCGAGGACAAAUAUGGCGAUCCUUGCAGUUCUGACCCUUGUCAAAACGGAGGAACAUGCAAUCAACGGCAAGGUCACCAGUCUCGCCAAUACUGCCAAUGCGCACCCGGUUUCAGAGGUUGUCGUAAUUUACAUUUUCGUGGUAUCCGCCAGAGUGGUGUGUACACCAUUUACCCGUCAAAAUACCCUGACGGCCUGGAGGUCUACUGUGAUAUGGAUACUGCAUCCGGAGGCUGGAUUGUGUUUCAGAAGAGGUUUGACGGGUCGGUGAAUUUCACUCGCAACUGGACCGAGUACCGGAACGGAUUCGGCAAUCUGACGGGCGAGUUCUGGCUGGGAAAUGAGAUACUUCACCAACUGACUUCGAGGGGGGGAGGAAGAUGGAGACAGAUGGUACGGAUAGAUCUGGAGGAUGACCAGGAAGAGAAUCAAACGUACGAGGCCAAGGGAUUCGGCAUCAGCGGCGAGAACUACACCUGGACUCACCGCAAACCUGCUCAUUAUCGUCGGGGUACGUAA